UCUGUCUUUCUCUCUCUGUGUCAAGGCUCGCUUUGUAGUCCGUCCCCUUAUCGGCUCACGUUCUCACUCUUCUCGCUCCGAAGGCAGGCUUUCGUUCACCACCAACCAGCCAAGAAAUAGAGAAAGGAAGCCGUAGAAAGAACAUUAUCGAGCGCUAGAGGAAGAAUAACCGGAAUCCAUUAACUUGGACAGUGGGUCUAGAUACCUUCUUCGAUCGCGUUCUCAACCAAAUCAAAACUCCGCGGUUUGGUCUGUUCUUGGGGGAGGUGCCGCAUAGGGUUGGCGUUCGAUCUGGAAUCGACAGGAUUCAGCUCUGUGUCUUUGUUUUCAUUCUUGCGGUUCAAGCGCUAGAUUUGGUGCUUGUAAGGGUGAAUACCGUUCCUAGGUGGCUGCCCGUACGAUCUGGUUUUAGCAGCCCCGGGUAUUCCUUCCCUCGGUGGCUUAUUCUUUUGUUUGGUUUUUGCUUUCGUGCGGUGACUUCGGUUUGGUGUUGCGACAGCCCAUGCGAUUGGGUUGGUUUUCAUGCCGCCAGAACCAUUGCCUUGGGAUCGGAAGGACUUCUUCAAGGAGAGGAAGCACGACAGGUCUUCGGAGUCGCCAGGGUCCAUAGCAAGAUGGAGGGUCGUCCAUCACGGAUCCCGCGAGUUCAAUCGCUGGGGAUCCGCCGAUUAUCGCAGGCCACCAGGUCAUGGUAAGCAGGGUGGUUGGCACCUAUUUUCCGAAGAAUCUGGUCAUGGGUAUGUGCCUUCUCGGGCUGGUGACAAGAUGCUGGAAGAUGACAGCUGCCGACCGUAUGUUUCGCGUGGAGAUGUGAAAUAUGGCAGGAGCAGUAGGGAAAAUAGAUUUAGUCAGAGAGGUUGGAAAUUUCAUUCCUGGGAAACAAGCAACGUGUCUCCAAAUACGCCUGCGAGGCUGCUUGAUGGGAGUAAUAAUGAUCUGAGGUCAGUGGAUGAUACCAUACCUUGCCCUUCUCAUCCUAGUUCUGACUUUGUGAAUACAUGGGAUCAGCUUCACUUGAAAGACCAGCAUGAUAAGAUGGGUGGUGUCAAUGGGUUGGGUACAGGCCAGAGAUGUGACAGAGAAAACUCACUUGGCUCUACUGAUUGGAAACCUCUCAAGUGGAGCCGUUCUGGAAGCUUGUCCUCGCGGGGUUCCAGUUUCAGCCAUUCAAGUAGCUCCAAGAGCAUGGGAGGUGUGGAUUCCAAUGAAACGAAGACUGAUAUACAGCUGAGAAAUUCAACUCCUGUCCAGUCCCCUUCAGGGGAUGCUGCUGCUUGUGUGACAUCUGCUGCCCCAUCAGAUGAAACUACCUCCAAGAAGAAGCCCCGACUUGGAUGGGGUGAGGGACUAGCAAAGUAUGAGAAAAAGAAAGUUGAAGGCCCUGAUAUUAGCAUGGAAAAAGAUGGAGCUGUCUUUUCUACUAGUAUUACAGAACCCAUCCAUUCUUUCAUUUCAAACAUGGCCGACAAAAGUCCCAGGGUUGCAGUUUUUUCAGAUUGUGCAUCCCCUGCAACUCCAUCCUCAGUUGCUUGCAGCUCCUCUCCAGGUGUGGAAGAGAAGUCAUUUGGAAAGGCAGUGAAUAUGGAUAUUGAUAUUAGUAAUAUAUGUGUUUCACCUAGUGCUGGAUCUAUAAAUCAUCUUGAAGGAUUUCCCUUUGAUUUAGAGAAGGUAGAUAUGACCUUGAUGGCUAAUUUGGGCUCUUCAUUGAUUGAGUUGUUGCAAUCCGAUGACUCAAGCUCAGUGGAUUCAAGUUUUGUGAGAGCAACUGCUAUUAAUAAGUUGCUGAUAUGUAAAAGUGAGAUUUCAAAGCUGCUGGAGGUGACUGAGUCUGAAAUUGAUUCACUUGAAAAUGAACUAAAGUUUUUGAAGUCUGAAUCCGAAAGUGGCGAUCCCUAUCCAGCUGCAUCCAGUUCUGUGCUAGCAGAGAAAACGGCAACACCUUGUGUAGAACAAGAUAUUGCCUUCAAUUUGUUCCACAGACCUGAGCCAUUGCAAAUCGUUUCUUCUGGGGAGGCUGUUAUGGAGAAAAUGCCUUUCUCUAAUGGUGAUUUGGAAGAUGUUCAUGCAGCUAUUAAGGAUGAGGAUAUUGAUAGUCCUGGAACUGCAACGUCCAAGUUUGUUGAGCCACUUUCUUUAGCGAAGAUGGUUCCUUUAUCUGAUAAGGUGGAACAUGGCGAUUCUUCUGGUAAUUGCAAUGCAAUUCAAAUUAAGUCUCAAAACGAGUAUGCGAAAUGCUUGGUGCCUGGUUCAGUUGGGGAAAAGACUGUUGCACCUGUUUCCAGUGAGGUGAGUCUAUCUACUGAUGGACAAUAUAUGUUGUGUGAUUCAAUAGUGGCUUCGAACAGAGAAUGUGCCAACAGAGCAUGUGAAGUUUUUGAUAAGCUAUUACCAAGAGAGCAACAUAUGACAGAUGUCUCUCGCACCGUCAAUUUCUCAUCCUGUCGGAGUGCCUCUUCAGUCAAGGAAAAAUUUGCAAAGAGGAAGCAGUUUUUAAGAUUUAAGGGGAGAGUUAUAACCCUUAAGUUUAAAGUUUUUCAGCACCUUUGGAAGGAAGAUAUGCGAUUACUUUCUGUGAGAAAACACCGUCCAAAAUCUCAGAAAAAAUUUGACCUGAGCUUGCGGACAGCUCUUACUGGGAAUCAGAAGCCUCGUUCAUCCAUUCGCUCUCGUUUUUCUACUCCAGCAGGAAAUCUCAGCCUGGUCCCUACCGCAGAGAUGAUCAAUUUCACAAGCAAACUGCUUUCAGAUUCCCAAGUCAAGCUUUGCAGGAACGCUUUGAAGAUGCCAGCCUUAAUUUUGGACAAAAGGGAAAAAUUGUUGUCAAGAUUUAUCUCAAGUAAUGGAUUAGUUGAAGAUCCCUGUGCUGUUGAGAAAGAACGAGCUAUGAUCAAUCCCUGGACGCCUGAAGAGAGAGAGACUUUCAAGGAUAAGCUGGCCAAGUUGGGGAAAGAUUUCAGGAAGAUUGCUUCUUUUCUUGACCACAAGACAACAGCAGAUUGUGUGGAGUUUUAUUACAAAAAUCACAAAUCCGAUUGUUUUGAAAGAACAAAAGAGAAGGAAGCAAAGGCCUUCUGUACUAAUACCUAUCUGGUGACUUCAGAGAAAAAGUGGAGUCGUGAGGUUAAUGCUGCUUCACUUGAUAUAUUAGGUACAGCUUCAAUGAUGGCAGCAUGUGCUGAUGACUGUGAGAGGAACCAGCAUUCUAGUGCUGAACAAGUUGUUUUGGGUGGCUAUGGUGAUUCUAAAACAUCAUGGGGUGAUGAUGGUAUUUUAGAAAGGUCUAAUAAUCUUGAUAUUAUCAGGGAUGAAAGAGAAACAGUUGCUGCUGAUGUUUUAGCUGGUAUAUGUGGUUCCUUGUCAUCAGAGGCUAUGAUUUCUUGCAUCACAAGCUCUGUGGACCCGGGAGAGAGCUAUCGGGAGUGGAAGUGCCAAAAAUUGGACUCUGGCAUAAAGUGGCCUUCGACACCUGAUGUUAUGCAUAAUUUUGAUGAUGAAACUUGUUCUGAUGAGAGCUGUGGGGAAAUGGAUCCUUCUGACUGGACAGAUGAGGAGAAAUCUAUGUUUAUACAGGCAGUGUCGUCUUAUGGCAAGGACUUUGUAAUGAUAUCACGAUGUGUGAGAACAAGAUCACGGGACCAAUGCAAGGUUUUCUUUAGUAAGGCUCGGAAGUGCCUUGGCCUAGAUCUGAUUCAUCCUGGGGCUAGAAAUGUAGGAACACCAGUGACUGAUGAUGCUAAUGGAGGUGGAAGUGAUGCAGAAGAUGCUUGUGUUGUAGAGGCUGUUGAGACUGGCUCGGUUAUCUGCAGCAAUAAGUUGGGUUGUAAACUGGAUGAGGAUUUGCCUUUGAUCACCAUGAACACAAAUGACGACGAAUCUGAUCCUGCUAAGAUUGUGAACUUCGAAUCUGACCGGAAUAGGUCAGAGGAAAACAAUGGGAUGGGACAUAUGGACUAUGAAGAUUUUGAGGCUGUAGAAACUUUGGUGUCUGAUGCAUGCCAGGCGGAGAAUAUACCUGAGCGUAUUGUUCAUGGUGACAGCAAUAUUAUGAAUAGUGUUGAAAAACACUCUGAUUCAGUGCAUUCUCGGAGAAGCACAGUUGUCUUGGCUGCUACAGAAACUGGAGGAGAUCAAGUGAUUGAACAGAGUACUUCAAUUGCAGAAAUGGCAUCUGUUAGAGAAGGAAUUAAACCUGUUUCAUCGAGUCCAGAAGCAUUGAUGGAGAAUAAAGGGCUUGCUUCUGUGGGGUUUGAAAAUGAAUUAAGGGGGCAAGAAUUGCUGUUGCCAAAAUGUAGUUUGAUUCGUACACAUGAAAAAUGUGGCCCAAGUGGCUUGCAAAGCUCAGUACAAGAUUCAAAUACAAUAGGAAAUUGUUCUCAACCGGCUGCUGAGAGUUCUUGUUCUGGUUUACAUCUCAACCCUGAAUACCAGCACAAAGUUUCCUUGGAGUUGGAUUCUAUGGAGAAACCUUGUGUAAUCUCCUUGCCACUGCAGAAUUCCCCUCCUACUGCAACUUCUCCAUCUCAAGAUACUGCUUCCAUUUUGUGUGAUAAAACACUUAAUCAAGAUAGAUUGUCAUCAACACUUGAUUUUCGUGGGAAUGGGCCUAAGCAGUCUCCUAAAUCUAUUAGUAGAGAUGAUUUUCACCAGAAUUUGUGUAGCCAUUCUGUCUUGAGUCACGAUGAAUCUUCCCAGAUUCUCAGGGGCUAUCCAUUACAGAUAUCAAACAAGAAAGAGAUGAGGGAUGUUAGUAGCAGAAAGCUUUCUGAAGUUCAAACCCUUUCACAAUCAGAGAGUAAUGUCUCCACUCGAUCUGUGGCACAGGAUUGCUAUCUUCAGAAAUGCAACAGUUCAAAGCCUCACAGCUCAGUGGCUGAACUUCCUCUUCUCUCUGAAAAGAUAGAGAAAACUAUUCUUCAUUCAAGAGCUCAUUCACGGAGUUUGUCAGAUACUGAUAAACCAUGCAGGAAUGGUGAUGUGAAGCUUUUUGGCCAGAUACUCAGUCAUCCAUCCUCUACGCAGAAGUCAAAUUCUAAUACCCAUGGGAAUGAGGAAAAGGGGAUCCAUAAUUCAAAUUUAAGCAGCAAAUUAUCUAAUCUAAAAUUUUCUGGCUAUCAUGAUGUGGAUGGGAAUUCAGCUCUCCUGAAGUUUGACCGUAACAAUUACCUGGGCCUUGAAAAUGUUGCAAUGAGGAGUUAUGGCUUCUGGGAUGGGAAUCGAAUACAAACUGGGUUUUCUUCUUUGCCUGAUUCUGCUAUCUUGCUGGCUAAAUAUCCUGCUGCUUUUGGCAAUUAUCCUACACCGUCUUCCAAGAUAGAGCCACUGCCAUUGCAGACAGUUGUGAAGAGUAAUGAACGAAAUUUGAAUGGUGCAUCGGGUUUUCCCAGGGAAAUGAGUAGCAGCAAUGGCAUGGUUGAUUGUCAGUUAUAUAGGAACCGAGAGGGCUCCAAAGUGCAGCCAUUCACAGUAGAUAUGAAACAGAGGCCAGACAUAUUUUCUGAGAUACAAAGGCGAAACCGGUUUGAAGCAGUCUCAAGUUUACAGCCGCAGGGAAGGGGGAUGGUUGGAAUGAAUGUAGUGGGAAGAAAAGUUAUUGUUGGGGGACCCUGCACUGUUGUUUCCGAUCCUGUGGCUGCCAUUAAGAUGCACUAUGCCAAAAGUGACCAGUAUGGUGGGCAGACUGGGAGCAUCAUUGGAGAGGAGGAAUCUUGGAGAGGUAAGGGGGACAUAGGCAGGUAGCAGAUGUGCUCGGAGGGCCUAGAGGCCCUCGGCGGCAAAUUUUCUUUGCCGCUCUGUAUAAUAGUUUUUGUAUUGUUCAAUCAAAUGAUAGGGCAAUGGACAGUUCUCAAAGUCCGUCUUUUUGGUAAAGUAUUUUAGGUGUUGUAAUGUUGUAGCAGCUUUAAUUUGUUGUAUUUCAUGGAAAUACAGAAAUAAUCUGUGAAAGUUGGAGAAGGAAAGUUGGAGAAGGCAGUUCCGAUUUCUUA